AUGAAAAUAACUGAGAAGUGCUUAAUCUUGUGCCUAAAAAAUCAGUUAGAAAAUAUGAGAAAUGCACACUUGUCUGUAACUCCUUUGCUUUUGAUGUCUAGCCAGUCUGUUUCAGCUGCGAUUUCAGACUUGAUACUUAAAGAAAAUACGAGCACAAUUAGUCAUGAAAGCACUGAUAGUAAUAAUAGCACUGACCUUGAUGAUCUCAUGAGCAACAAUGAUGCAAAGAACCUGGAGUUUAUGCAAAUCAUCAAUGACUUUGGCAUUUCCUGUCAAGCUCAUGAGAAGCUUGCUGCACAUCUCAACAACAUUCUGGGGAUGCCAACCAAAAUAACAUACAGAGUGUGUACAGCAUACCUGGGCAAGGAGCUUUUGAAGCAUUUCCCUAGUGUAGAGGAAACAGUAUAUGACGUCUGCCAAAAUGGAUGUAUGAUGUUUAAUGAUGGAGAGGUUGCUUGUGAGUAUUGUGGUGAAGCUUGCUACAAAAGCAACAAAACUGAUAAGGACGGUAUACUCAUUGCCGAGAAAACCAUGGUCCAGAUCCCUUUGGACAGCCAAAUUGCCCUUUCUUUGGCCAACAGUGACACGCAUAUCAAUCAAUCAAAUACCUUUUCUCUGGUGAAAAACGAUGUUGCAAUUUCUUUGUCUGUCAAUGGCUUUGUACCUCAUAACAUUCCUAGUUCGAUUACUAUUCUGUAUGCCACAGUUCUUAAUCUUCCUCCAAUGGUCGGUUAUGAGAAAAGCCAGAUGUUACAAAUUGUGAUGAUCCCAGGUCCUUUCACACCACUUAACUUCUGGUCAUUUUUGCAGCCAAACUUGGCAGACCUCAAGGUACUCCAAGAGGAAGGAAUAGUUGUUAUAACCCUAACUCUGACCAUCCGAGCAAAGGUCUAUGUCCUUGUUGUAACUGGUGAUAUUCUAGCAGUGGCAAAGCUGGCAUGUCAUGCUGACCAUAUGAGCAAAAAAAGUUUCCAAAACUUUGAUCAAACAAGUUUGUUCAGCAAGGGUCUUGUAGGACAAUCUCCUUUUUCUUCACUGGCAUCAUUCACAGGCCUGCUCUUUUUUAUCCUUGACAAGAUGCAUGGCCUUUGCCAUGGAAUAGGCAAGCAGGUCUGGGAACUUAUUGGUGGAAAACUGAGCCGAUUUCCUUCUCUUCAUUGUCUCUACACUGGUGGCCGAGCAUGUAAAAGAUACAACUGCCAGGAAAGCAUUGCUUGGACUUGUGCAAGCUUGCAACUUACUCAUGAGCUAGGAGUUAUCAGCAGAGGAACAAACCUCUACAAAAAGAGCAUGUAUCUCGAAUACCUUUAUUGGAAUGAUAAAAUAGAAAUAACAGUGUUUACCAUCGACCAGCAUCUUCUACAAUAUUACCCUAUUAUGAUCAGUGCCUUUGGUUCUCCUUGUGCAUACAGCACAAAAUCAGUGAAGUGUGCUAUUGGUGCGUACUCUUGUGCCAUCAAAAGCAAUUCAGCAAUUGGUAUAAAUGCUGGAAACAUAAUAGUCAGGCUGGCUUAUACACGGCAAUUGUUGACUGAUUCUGAUGGAAGCAAACAGAGAGGUGUUAUAUUACAGUACAAAGAUAUGUCUGCUGAUUGGCCAAUUACUAGCAAGGGUGAGUGUGCUGGUGCAGAUUCUGAUAUUGAGUUCUGGAAACCUUUAGAAUAUGAAACAAUUGAUAACAGUUUUGAAAACAUUUCUUGUCUUCCGAUUCUUAUUUGA